GCACUUGCGAUCUCUGCCAGCAGCUUUUUCCCUCCCUUGCAUUGCCUUUCUUACCUGGCUUUCUUCCUGAACUUCGCAUACCCACCUUAGAUUCAGUUUUCACUAAAAUAAUUGGAAUUCCAAAGCUAAUCCGGGGUAAUGGAGGGUCAUGUUUCCUUGAACUGAAAUCAUCAUCAUCGAAGAGAGAAAGGAAAAAUGGCAAGAGGGAGAAUAAGGGCAAAGCUUAGCUGGAGUAAUUUGUACACAUUUGCAUGUAUAAGGCCGCCACAAGCUGCUGAGGACAGGGGUACCAAUCCGGGUUAUUCACGGAUCGUCCAUUGCAACCAACCCCAACACCAUGAUGUGCAACCUCUGAAGUACUGUUCGAAUUAUAUAUCGACCACAAAGUACAAUAUAUUAUCGUUCCUACCAAAGGCCAUAUUUGAGCAAUUCAGACGUGUUGCUAACCUUUACUUUCUCCUAGCUGCAAUGCUUUCGCUCACACCCGUCUCACCAUUCUCUGCUCUUAGUAUGAUAGCUCCUUUAGUCUUUGUUGUUGGUUUGAGUAUGGCUAAGGAAGCCUUGGAAGACUGGCGGAGAUUCAUUCAGGAUAUGAAAGUCAAUCUACGAAAAGCUAAGGUCCAUAAACCGGGUGGCAAUUUUGGCCCACGACCAUGGAUGAAGCUUCGUGUUGGAGACAUUGUGAAAGUCGAAAAGGACCAGUUUUUCCCAGCAGAUUUGCUUCUCUUGUCAUCUAGUUACGGAGAUGGAAUAUGCUACGUAGAAACAAUGAACUUAGAUGGAGAGACAAACUUAAAAGUCAAAAGAGCUUUGGAGGUUACCAUGCAAUUGGAUGAUGAUGGUUCUUUCAAAGACUUCAGAGCAACCAUAAAAUGUGAAGACCCCAACCCAAAUCUUUACACUUUUGAGGGGAACCUUGAGUACGAACGUCAAACGUAUCCCCUUGACCCUACUCAAAUUCUCCUCAGAGAUUCAAAGCUGAGAAACACAGCUUUUAUAUAUGGAGUGGUUAUAUUCACUGGUUUUGAUAGCAAAGUCAUGCAGAACUCUACUAAGUCGCCCUCAAAGAGGAGCCGGAUAGAAGAACAAAUGGACAAAAUUAUUUACAUCCUUUUUACUCUCCUUCUGUUGAUCUCCUCAAUUAGCUCAAUUGGCUUUGCUGUGAAGGUGAAGUUCCAGAUGCCAGACUGGUGGUAUUUACACCCUCGGGACAAUGGAAAUGUUUUCUAUAACACAUACAGACCUGCAUUGUCUGGGAUUUUUCAUCUAGUUACUGCUCUUAUAUUAUAUGGAUAUUUAAUACCCAUUUCUCUAUACGUCUCUAUUGAAAUUGUCAAGGUGUUACAAGCACUGUUCAUGAAUCGGGACAUUCAUAUGUAUGAUGAAGAGUCUGGAACUCCUGCUCAAGCGAGAACGUCAAAUUUAAAUGAGGAGUUAGGACAGGUUAACACAAUCCUCUCUGACAAAACUGGUACUUUGACAUGCAACCAAAUGGAUUUCCUCAAAUGCUCCAUCGCUGGAACUGCAUAUGGAAAGCGUGCUAGUGACAUCGAACUUGCAGCUGAAAAGCAAAUGGCUAUGGAGUUCAAUGAGUUGGACCCUGAAAGAAAACCUAACGGAUCAGAAAUCGAAUUAGAGACAGUGACUGCUGGUAAAGAAGAAGAAGACAAAAAACUUCAUAUCAAGGGAUUUAACUUCCAGGAUAGCCGGCUCAUGAAUGGAAAUUGGUUAAAUGAACCAAAUGCAGAUAUCAUAUUGCUAUUCUUCAGAGUGCUGUCAAUCUGUCACACAGCAAUUCCUGAAGUAAAUGAAGAGACGGGUACCUUCAAUUACGAAGCAGAGUCACCGGAUGAAGCGUCAUUUCUUGUUGCAGCCAGAGAAUUUGGGUUUGAGUUCUGUAAAAGAACUCAGUCAAUCAUAGCUGUUCGUGAGAGAUAUCCUUCUUAUAUAAAUCCCGUUGAAAGAGAAUACAAAGUUCUUAAUCUGUUGGACUUCACAAGCAAGAGGAAGAGAAUGUCUGUCAUUGUUCAGGACGGGAAUGGCCAGAUUUUACUCUUUUGCAAAGGAGCUGACAGCAUCAUAUUUGAUAGAUUAGCAAGAAAUGGGAGGAUAUUUGAGGAAGCUACAACCAAGCAUUUGAAUGAUUAUGGGGAAGCCGGGUUACGUACACUUGCAAUUGCAUACAAAAGGCUUGAUGAAGCAGAGUAUUCUGCUUGGAAUGAAGAGUUUGCCAAAGCAAAGACUUCAUUGGGAAGUGACAGGGAAGCAAUGCUUGAACGUUUAUCUGAUGUGAUGGAAAGGGAUCUGUUUCUUCUUGGUUCAACUGCUGUAGAGGAUAAACUGCAGAAAGGAGUUCCUCAAUGCAUUGACAAAUUGGCACAAGCCGGUUUAAAGAUCUGGGUUCUGACUGGUGAUAAGAUGGAAACUGCAAUCAACAUAGGAUUCGCUUGUAGUUUGCUUCGACAAGGAAUGAAGCAAAUAUGCAUAUUGCCAAACGCAGGUGCAGCAACAAAUGACACAAAUGAGGCUGUCAAAGAGAGUAUUUUGAUGCAAAUCACAAAUGGCUCUCAAAUGGUAAAACUUGAGAAGGACCCACUUGCUGCAUUUGCAUUGAUUAUUGAUGGAAAGGCUCUAUCAUAUGCUUUGGAGGAUGACAUGAAGCAUCAGUUUUUGGACUUGGCUGUUCACUGUGCAUCUGUUAUUUGCUGCCGUGUCUCUCCAAAACAGAAAGCUUUGGUGACAAGGUUAGUAAAAGAGGGUACCGGAAGAACUACCUUAGCAAUUGGUGAUGGUGCAAAUGAUGUUGGAAUGAUUCAGGAAGCUGACAUUGGCGUUGGGAUCAGUGGUGCAGAAGGAAUGCAAGCAGUUAUGGCUAGUGACUUCGCUAUUGCACAGUUCCGUUUUCUGGAGAGACUUCUUGUUGUGCAUGGUCACUGGUGCUACAAACGUAUUGCUCAGAUGAUAUGCUAUUUCUUCUACAAGAAUAUAGCAUUCGGCCUCACACUAUUUUACUACGAAGCUUUUACUGGCUUUUCUGGGCAGUCUAUGUACGACGAUCUGUACAUGUUACUCUUCAAUGUGGUUCUAACAUCCUUGCCUGUCAUUUCACUUGGAGUCUUCGAGCAGGAUGUGUCUUCUGAAGUCUGUUUACAGUUCCCAGCACUCUACCAGCAAGGACCAAAAAAUCUGUUCUUUAAUUGGAAUAGAAUAUUUGGAUGGAUGGGGAACGGUUUUUACGCCUCGGUGAUCAUCUUUUUCCUCAAUCUAAUCAUUUUCUAUGAUCAAGCCUUCCGAUCGGGAGGCCAGACGGCUGACCUCACUGCCAUGGGGACCGCUAUGUUUACUUGUGUUGUGUGGGCCGUCAACUGCCAGGUGGCGUUAGCUAUGAGCCAUUUCACUUGGAUUCAACACAUUUUUAUCUGGGGAAGCAUCGCCACCUGGUACGUAUUUCUCCUGUUAUACGGCUCGUUAUCACCGGACAUCUCUAAAAAUGCCUAUCAAGUCCUUGUGGAAGCUCUUGCCCCAUCACCGAUUUACUGGUUGGCCACUAUUUUGGUUACGGUGACAUGUAACCUUCCGUACCUGGCCCACAUAUCUUUCCAACGGGCGUUCAAACCGAUGGAUCAUCACAUCAUUCAAGAAAUCAAGUACUACAAGAAAGACAUUGAGGAUCGGCAUAUGUGGACAAGAGAGAGGUCGAAAGCCCGAGAGAGGACAAAGAUUGGGUUUACAGCUAGGGUAGAUGCAAAGAUUAGGCAGUUGAAAGGUAAAUUGCAGAAAAAGUAUUCGUCUACAGCAGCUAUGGCUACAAGAACAGAUAUUUCAUAAUACUUGUGCACUUUUUUUGCUGCUGAUGUAUAAAUUAGGAUUUUUGUUGUUUCUGGCAAUUUUUAUAGUUCACUUGUAACAUUGUUCUGUCCAGUAUAGUGGGGAGGUGCAUUAGGCUUGCGAUUAUACUUAUUGGAGUAAUACAAAGGCGCUGUUGUAUGUAUCAUUACAUUUUUUAUUCGGAAAGUAUUUAUGAUUUUGCUAAAAAAGAAACUCUAUUCAAAAUGAGUUUCUACUUCAAAUUGCUUGGAUUGAAGAAGCAAAUCUAGCUCUGCGAUAUAUGAUUUAGUUUUAUUAUGAGGCAAAUUAUUUGGUACCCUCAAG